GUCACAUACAUAACUAGACUGGGACUCGCUUCCCCCUCGGCUUCCCCCCUUGCUCACCUUCCUCCUCUCUCACCUAUCUCACUCUUCCAAAACCCGCAUCAUGGCUUCUGACGCUGACCGCGGCCGUCGUGGCGAGGACCACAAAGACAACUUCACCAUGAUCCAGUUCUUCGAGUGGUACGCUCCGGGCGGCGGCAAGCACUGGAACCACUACAAGGAGGAAGCUCCCCGCCUCGAGUCGAUGGGCAUUACGGCUGCCUGGAUUCCUCCUCCUACCAAGGGCUCGAACCCAGACGGGACGGGCUACGACAUCUACGACGUCUGGGACCUCGGCGAGUUUGACGCCAAGGGCGGCAAGGCAACCCACUGGGGUACCAAGGAGGAGCUCAUCGAGGCCAUCAAGGUCGCCAAGGACCACGGCGUGAUCACCUACAUUGACGCAGUGCUCAACCACAAGGCCGGCGCCGAUGACAAGGAGGAGUUCCUCGCGACCAUGGUCGACAAGAACAACCGUACCAAGACCGUUGGCGACAUGCACAACAUCGACGGCUGGACCAAGUUCACCUUCCCCGGCCGCGGUGACAAGUACUCGCCGUUCAAAUGGAACUACAACCACUUCACCGGCGUCGACUUUGAUGCCAAGACGGACACCACGGCCAUCUACAAGAUCCAGGGCGACGGCAAGACCUGGGCAAAGGACGUCGACGGCGAGAACGCCAACUACGACUACCUCAUGUUUGCUGACAUCGACCACGCUCACCCGGACGUCUCAGCCGACCUCUUCAAGUGGGGUGACUGGAUUCUCAAGGAGACGGGCGCCUAUGGCUUCCGCUUUGACGCCGUCAAGCACAUUUCGCGCGAGUUUAUUGGCGACUUUGUCAAGCACGUCCGAUCCGCAGAGGGAAGACAGAAGGCGUUCUGUGUCGGCGAGUUCUGGAAGGAUUCAGUUCCUGCCCUCAGCGCCUAUCUCGAUGGCCUGGGCACCCAAUUCUCCGUCUUCGACACGCCCCUCCAGGGCAACUUCAAGGAGGCCGGUGAUGCCAAGGCGAGCUAUGACCUCCGCAAGAUCUUCGACAACACCCUGGUCCAGGCGCGCCCUGUGGACGCUGUCACGCUGGUCGACAACCACGACACGCAGGUCGGACAGUCGCUCGAGAACUGGGUGCCGGCGUGGUUCAAGCCCCUGGCGUACGCGUUCAUCCUCCUGCGCCCCGAUGGAUACCCGUGCGUCUUCUACGGCGACCUGUACGGCUGUGGCGGCGACAACCCGCAGCCGCCCGUCGCUCAGCUCGAGGACAUUAUCCGCGCGCGCAAGCUCUUCGCGUACGGCGAGCAGGUCGACUACUGGGACCACCCCAACUGCGUCGCGUGGCACCGCAAGGGUAUCGAUGGCCAUGAUGGUCUCGUCGCCGUGCUCUGCAACGGUACCGAGGAGGGCACGAAGCGCGUCGAAGUCGGCAAGGAGCACGCCGGCGAGAAGUGGACUGACCUCCUCGGCUGGCACAAGGGUGAGGUGGUCAUCGGUGACGACGGAUUUGCCGAGUUCAAGUCGCCCGCCGAGAGCAUCUCCAUCUGGACCAAGACGGAUGCGCGUGGCCGUGACGAGUUCAAGAAGGAGUAAACGCACACGCUUCCCUCGACAUAGACUUUUGGCCCGGUUCUCUUUUCACACAUGUAACUUGUUAUGAACGUGAUGAUAUGCCAUUACCCC